AUGUGUGGUAUUUACGCGUCAAUAUCCACGCGAGGAUUGCAAAGUCCGAGUCAUGCUCUGAAACACUUUCUUUGCAACAGAGGUCCUGAUCACAUAGGUUCGACACAAACAAAUUUCACUUCCAGUGAUGGAACAACAUACUUUUUGUCAUUUGUAUCAACAGUCUUGGCUUUGAGGGGAGAUCACAUCACCCCACAGCCAUUUGAUGGUUCAACUGUUGUUGACGCGUCUGCCUCUAAUUGCGGCUCAAUCCUCUGCUGGAAUGGUGAGGCAUGGAAGGUUGGUGGCGAGCUUGUUAAUGGUAAUGAUGGCCAAGUCAUAUAUGUCAUGCUCGUAAAUGCUAUUUCAUUAGCUAGCUCGGCCUCAGAUGCGACACUUGCUGUGGUUAAGAUCUUACGAAGCAUUUCUGGGCCAUUUGCAUUUGUCUUCUGGGAUAAUAUUCAUGGUGCUAUAUACUGUGGUCGAGAUCGCCUUGGGCGCAGAUCUCUUCUUUACAAUGUUGAUAACAAGUCCGAAGAUUUGGGAGAAUCUGAAUAUAUAGAGUUUGCUAGUACCUCAGAUCCCGCCAAAGGCAAUUGGAAAGAAAUAGAAGCAGAUGGCAUCUACAAAUUUUCCUGUAGUGAUAAGAGUAUCUUUUCUUUUUCAAUCCCGGGUUCACAGAAUCUCCCUCUCUCAGCAUCACCAUUGUCAUAUCAAAGAUAUGAAUGGGAGGAUUCCGAGGCCGAAUCAUCGGCUCCUUCACUUGGCAAGUUUAACAGAACUGUCGAAGACGAAAGUCAUAUCCUCAGCCUUGAUUCCCCAUCAGUGAUGACAUUACGGCAUCAUCUAUGUGAGUCUCUGAAACCCAGGGUUUUGACAAUUCCUACUCCUCCAAGUAUAGGUCACUCUCACAAUGUCAGGCUGGCGAUUCUAUUCUCUGGUGGACUUGAUUGCACGGUCUUGGCAAGACUGGCACAUGAUUUGCUCCCACCAGACCAAGAGAUUGAUCUUCUCAAUGUUGCCUUUGAGAACCCUCGUGUUAUUAAAGCUGCACAGACCGGACCGCGACUGAAGAAAGGUGCACAACCUCCGCCUCCGGAUUCAACCCAAACGUUGGGCAACAAAGUUUCCCCGUAUGAGCUCUGUCCUGAUAGAGAAACGGGGAGGAAAGCUCAUCUAGAGCUUCAAACUGUUUGUCCUGGCCGAAAAUGGCGAUUUGUUGCAGUGAGUCGAAAAUCCAAUUUACGUCAACAUCCGAGAGCUGAAUUGAAGCAGAUAAACAUCCCAUACACGGAGACAAUGGAGCACAGAGCUAAAAUAGUAGACUUGAUCCAUCCACAUAAUACCGAAAUGGAUCUAUCAAUAGCAUUCGCCUUAUACUUUGCGUCUCGCGGUGUCGGUCUAGCAUCACCAAACAUUUAUACAGAAGAAAUUCUAUACACAACACCCGCACGUGUUCUUCUAUCCGGACUGGGCGCAGAUGAGUUGUUUGGUGGCUAUACACGUCACGCAACAGCAUUCAAUCGAAAUGGCUUUUCAGCCCUUCUAGACGAGCUAGAGUUAGAUGUUAGCAGACUCGGCCAACGAAAUCUCGGUCGAGAUGAUCGUGUAAUUUCGCAUUGGGGUCGAGAAGCUCGUUUCCCUUACUUGGAUGAAGAUUUGGUUAAAUGGGCUGUGGAGUCUCCUAUAUGGGAUAAAUGCGGCUUUACAUCUGAAUCACGAGAUCCCGAGUCGCCGGAUAUAGAACCGGGUAAGAAAGUGUUACGACUUCUAGCUUAUGAUUUGGGUAUGAAGUCAGUUGCUACUGAGAAGAAACGUGCUAUACAAUUUGGGGCUCGAACCGCCAAAAUGGAAAUUGGACGAACGAAAGGAACGACAUUAAUUUCAUAA